GAUCGGCGUCUUAUUGCUUCAUUAACAACGGUUGUAACAACGUCGCGAUACGGACUUAGGAACCUUGUAGCAAGAGUCCUUUUGUCAUCUUAUAUGACAAAUCUAAAUUAAUUUUUAUCUGUUAUUUAUUUGAAUCUCUAUGAGAAACCCUUCUUUAAUUACUUGUAUGACCGGUCGUAAUUUAAUUCACCUAAAACGCGUCUUAUGAUUGAUUUAGUCGAUGAUUCGAACUUAUUGUAAUUGACAAAAGUUCCUUCUGAAUCGAAUCUCAUUUGAGCUGUCAUCUCUCUCACACAGACCAAAGAAAUACCAAUAAUACCACCAACUUCAUAAAAUACUUCAGGCUGUCUUCAUUUUCUUCAGUUUGAAAAAAACUAAAAAUAAAAACAACAAAAACCCCCCAGAACAAAAAUGUCUGGAAUUCAUGUGACUCGAUUGGAAAUAUCUCCAUUAGUAGCACUGCUUAAUAUGAUCAAAAACAACUACUUUGAGAAACCUGAAGUAUUUCGGACCCUCGUUGCUGUUUUGCAUGACUAUAACCAUUGCCUAAAUUCGGCUAAAAAGGUGGUGAAAUAUAUUCAGCUGUUGCUGUCUGAUAACAAUGACUUGGCUCAUUGCUUGUUAAGCCUUCUGCCCAAGAAACCAAUUGCUUGUGACCAGAGUUUCAACUCCAUCUGUAACGUGAACCCUUAUUCCGGUGUUUCAUCUGUAGUUCUACAAGGAUUUAACGACAGCUCUGUUCUUCUGACAAACUCCUAUCCUCAUAGCAAGCCAGCGAUUAUCAUCUGUCACAACUGUUACAGUCCCAUUAUGUUCAACACUCAUUAAUGUCCUGUGCCUUCCAAAUACGCUGUCAUCCAACAAGGCAGACUGCUGAUAACAAUUUCACAGAACCCUAUGCACUCAAUACACAAUGUGUGCAGUCUUCCAUUUGGGUCAUUUGUUUCAACUAAAAGUUUGGGAGUUUUUCUUUCAAAGUAUCCUUCAACUAAAUACAGCAAACGUCAACAGAAGAUAGAUAAGCUCCUUGUGAGUUGAAUACACAAGCCAAUUUUAAUUUCCCCCAUAAAAUCCUUGAAGUCACAACUUCGUAUUUUGCUUCCCUUAACAGCAUAGAAACCCAGUAUUUUUUUCUAUAGCUAAAAGUUUCUUUCCCCUGUCAAUAAGAUGAAAUUUGAAAAUAUUUUGGCAGUGUUGUAGUGUUGCUGUUAAUGAUAAUAAUAAUAAUAAUAAUAAUAAAGUUAAUAAAUGACCAC